AUGAAGUUGAACCCAAGUAAAUGCACAUUUGGUGUAUCCUCCGGCCGAUUCUUGGGAUACUUAGUCACACAACGAGGUAUCGAGGCACACCCACGUCAGAUCAAAGCUAUUCUAGAGAUGAAGUCGCCUUCCACAGUGAAGGAAAUACAAAGUCUGACGGGCAGAGCAGCGGCCCUCAACCGGUUCCUCUCAAGAUCAACCGACAAGUGCAAACCAUUCUUCAAAGCUUUGAAGAAAGGACAAAGAGACAAAUGGGAUGAGGAGUGCGAAGUAGCUUUCCAGAGUCUCAAGGCUUAUCUCACUUCACCUCCCCUGCUUUCAAAGCCAGUCCCUGGUGAGGACUUGUUCGUGUACCUGGCAGUGUCCAACUCAGCUGUCAGCUCAGCUCUCAUCAGAGAAGAGCUGGGGGCCCAACAUCCGGUAUUCUACACGUCAAAAGCUCUCCUCGAUGCAGAGACUCGUUACCCAAAAUUGGAGAAACUCAUUUUGGCUCUUGUAGUUUCCGCGAAAAAGCUACGACCCUACUACCAAGCUCAUCGAGUCAUCGUCAUGACCGACCUUCCUUUGAGAUCAAUCCUUCAUAGCCCUGAUGCUUCUCAGCGACUCAUGAAGUGGGCUAUAGAGCUAAGCCAAUAUGACCUCCUCUACCGGCCAAAAGCUGCAAUAAAAGCCCAGGCUUUAGCUGACUUCGUAGCGGAGUUCACCCCAUCGGCCGAAGAAGAGAAAAUGGUCAACGAAAAGAAGGAAAGUUCAAAAGCAGACGGGACCCCCGCUGAACCUAGCCAACCUAGAGACACGUGGCAGUUGCGGGUAGACGGAGCGUCAAACCAAAAAGGAGCUGGAGCGGGUGUCGUCAUCAUCACCCCGGAUGGAACCUUGUUGGAGCAAGCUAUCACGCUUGGCUUCCCGGCCUCGAACAACGAGGCAAAAUACGAGGCAUUGCUCGCCGGCCUGCGCUUGGCAAAGGAACUCGCAAUCAAGAAGCUAGCCAUCUACUCAGAUUCCCAGCUGAUCACGAAUCAAGUGUCAGGUGAAUACAUGGCGAAGCACCCAAGGAUGAUCUUGUACCUUGACAAAGUCCAGGAGUUGUUGAAGGCGUUUCCUACCUUCACCAUCCAACAAGUACCCCGGGCAGAGAACGCACAUGCAGAUGCACUAGCCAGUCUAGGGUCAGCGUUGGAUACCCAGUUCAGACGCUCCAUCCCAGUCGAACACCUUGACCGGCCAAGCAUUGAAGAGGUAGAGCCAAUCGACACCAUGCGAAUUGACGAGGACCCCAGCUGGCAAGACCCCAUCAUUGACUACUUAGUGAAUGGAAACCUACCCGCGGACAAGUCCGAGGCUAGGAAGGUCCAGCAGAAGGCCGCGAGAUACUACAUGCACGACAACAAGCUCAUCCGCAGAUCAUACUCCGGCCCUCACCUUACCUGCAUAAAAUACCCUCAAACACUUGAGGUCCUCUGCGAGUGUGGCAACCACUCUGGGGGCAGGUCACUCGCCCAGAAGGCCCUAAACAUAGGUUACUUCUGGCCUACCAUGCGCCACGACUCCGCUAAAUAUGUCAAAAAGUGUGAUCGUUGCCAGCGAUACAAGCCGAUCCCUAAUUUGCCUGCCGAAGUUUAUCAUCCGCAAAACAGUCCAUGA